AUGUCGAAACGUCCGGGUUCGCCCCUCGAAUCUAGCGGACCUUCCAAAAUCUAUCACUUUUUCAAGUCAAAGUCUGUACACGACGCGAGAGCCGUUCCCAAGGACUCUUCAGUAGACGCAGAGACGGUUGAGGAUGCAAAUACGGACAGUGGAGGCACAAGCAUGCAAGUGUUAGGGUCAAAGGAACUAGAAGACCUCUUGUGCUUCGACUCGGUGUCCUCCGAGGCCGAAGUUGAUGCGCGGUUUGCGAGAAUUGCCCAGCUGCUUUUCUCAGACUACAGGAUACGAAUCCAGAAGGCUAGCUCUUCUCGCGAGGAAACUCGAGAUUAUGUAGACCUACAACUGUUGGAGAUGGAGUUCUACCUCAUCUCGCCAAACGUGCACGAAGAUCCAUUCUGCCACGGCAGCCCAGAGCAAGCACGUUCUGGAUGCUGGUACUUUCAUCGAGCUCCGAGGACACAUUUGGGAGCACCAACGGACAGGCCUUCAGUAGGCGGUGGCUACCGAAGUGGAAGUCGCAAGGGAAUGGAUUUAACUAUUGGAUCGAUUGCUACCUUUGAUCCUCUGCACAAAACAGACCUCGCAUCACCCUCCUCAUUCGGUACCAAGGCUCGCGGAGGUAUAUUGUUCCGGUCAGCACGAGUGGUCAAGACAGGCGCGAUCAUUUCUGGCCCAUCGCUCCUGGUAGAUUUCAUCCUCCGUACAUAUGGACUCGAAGAGGUUCAGGACCUGGUUGGAGGAAAGUGGUCUGAAGACAUCAGCGCGUUCCCACCAGAGCCCGCAGAUGAGGACGUCACUCGCACAUGCACUAUGACAGUUGUACGUGUGCCACAGUCUAGUGCGCUGGGUAGGCCACCUAUAUACAGAACCCCUCGGAUUGGCCUCGACUUGAGCCAUGCCUCGUCGCUCGCCACUGCAAGCAAUCUCCGGGUCAAAUUUGUGCAAAGAAGAUAUAGGUUCAUUGUUGAACCACAUUUGCUCAAAGUCAAUGGCAGACCGCAGAUGUUCAUUGGCCUUUUGCAGCAAACCCUCGACCGGAAGCAUAGCGGAGCCAAACUAUCGAGUCUUUCGGAAGGAGAAAAGCAAAAAGUACUUCAAGAGGUUGAGAGGAUUGGUUCCUUUACGACCAAGCUAGCCAGGACAUAUCUUGGUCACUUUGAGCACGGUGUAACGGACGGCGGAGACUCGGUAGGAGCCUACUGUGGCCAAAAGGGGAAGGGAGUGUGUCAGUCACCCGAGAGGCUAUUGCGAAUGUUUGGAGCCAUCCAAGAAUUGGGCAGUGGCGACGCGUGA